CCAUUCGGCCGCGCGCACUCGCUACGGGCACGCGAGUCGCCUCUCGACUACCAUCUGUGAUACAUGACCCAAAGAUUACAAAAAAAAACAUUAAUAAAGUGCUGUGACUAAAAAAGUAUUAAACUUAGUAAUGUCGCGCGCGUCUGCUUUCAAAACCUUUUUCUAAGCUUCAAGCAUGACGAAAUACAAGUUGAACAACGCCGUGCGGUCUUCCUCCGAGGUGACUCUGACAUCCUACAUGACGGGAAGCACUGACAGCGAGAGGAAAGACGAAUGCUACCAGAUUCCCACAGAUUCUAACGAACAAGACGAUAUAUCAGAAUCUAACAAUCUAGAGGAUGGGAGGUGCCAUGUCUGUCCGAAUUCGUGCGAGUUUUUACAGGAGCCGGGGAAAAUCGCAGCCUCCCUUGAAAAAAGAUACGAUAAAUACAGCCUCAAUGAGAUGAAGGUGGAGAACUUGGGCAGGGGGUGCCUGUGUGAGAAAUACAACGGGGGGUGCAAGUUGUGUCCGAGGCCCAGCCUGGCGCCGACGUUGACUUUGAGCAUGGAUGGCAGCCACGGGAAGGGUGCUUGCUUGGCCUGCAACGGAGCGACCUGUGGAACUCCUAACCCGAUGGCCAACGGAGGCUACCCGCCGUACCCCCCCAGCAAGAAGAGCACGUGGAAGGGCGACCUGGCGCGCCGGCUGCGUGCCUGCUGCUCCAAGAAGACCUUGCUGCGCCGGAUACCCAUCCUGGGCUGGCUGCCGAACUACUCGUUCCGGAGCGGCCUGGCGGACAUCAUAGCAGGGCUGACGGUGGGGCUGACCGUGAUCCCGCAGGCGAUCGCGUACGCGGGCGUGGCGGGCCUUCCGCCGCAGUACGGGCUGUACUCGUCGUUCAUGGCGUGCUUCGUGUACACGGUCUUCGGCUCCGUCAAGGACUCCGCCAUCGGGCCCACCGCCAUCGCCGCCAUCCUGACGCGCGAGAACCUGCACGGCCUGGGGCCCGAGUUCGCCGUGCUGCUGGCCUUCCUCAGCGGCUGCGUCGAGCUCAUCAUGGGCAUUCUACAAUUAGGGUUUCUCAUCGACUUCAUCAGCGGGCCGGUGUCGGUGGGAUUCACGUCCGCGGCCGCCAUCAUCAUCGCCACCACGCAGGUCAAGGACAUCCUGGGCCUCAGCUUUCCCGGCGGAAAGUUCCUACAGGUGUGGACGGGUAUGUACGAGCAUAUCGGGGAAACCAGAUUGUGGGACACCGUGCUGGGCGUAUCCUGCAUCGUAGUGCUCUUGCUUCUGAGGAAAGUGAAAGACAUAAAGAUCGGUUCGGAGGACGACGACAAGGAAGGCAGUAUGGAGAAGCGGUCGCGGCUGAAGGCUGCGGUGUCACAGACGCUUUGGUUCCUCUCCACCACGAGGAAUAUAUUCGUGGUGCUGGUGUGCGCCGCGCUAGCCUACUACUUUGACACUAAGAACCAACAACCUUUCGUGCUCACGGGCGAGGUGAAGGCCGGCCUGCCCCAGCUGGCCCCGCCGCCGUUCUCCGCCACGGUGGGCAACCACACCUAUACGUUCUCGGAGAUGGCGUCCACCCUCGGCUCUGCCAUCUUCGUAGUGCCGCUGCUCUCCAUACUCGAAAACAUCGCACUAGCCAAGGUUUUUUCGGAGGGCAAGUACGUGGACGCCACGCAGGAGAUGGUGGCGCUGGGCGUGUGCAACAUCGCGUCGGCGUUCGUGGAGUCCAUGCCGGUGUCGGGCGCGCUGUCGCGCGGCGCCGUCAACCACGCGUCGGGCGUGGCGUCGCCGGCCGGCGGCCUGGUCACCGGCGCGCUCGUGCUGCUGGCGCUGCAGUAUUUUACACCUUACUUCUACUACAUCCCGAAAGCGUCUCUGGCGGCGGUCAUCAUCGCGGCUGUCGUCUUCAUGAUGGAGCUGCACGUGUUCAAGCCGAUCUGGCGGACGAAGAAGGUGGACAUCAUCCCGGCGGUGGUGACGUUCACGGCGUGCCUGGUGACGCGCCUGGAGCUGGGCAUCGUGCUAGGCAUCGCCGUCAACCUGCUGUUCCUGCUGUACGCGUCCGCGCGGCCCGCCGUCAAGGUCACGACUGCCGUGUCGGAGGGCGGCGUGCGCUACGCCGUGGCGUCGGUGGACCGCGCGCUCGCGUUCCCGGCCGCGGAGUUCGUGCGCCGCGCGCUGCGCAAGGCCGCCGGCGACGCGCCGCUCGUGCUGGACGCGCACCACGUGCAGGCCGCCGACUUCACCGCCGCCAAGGGCAUCAAGUCUCUGAUCGAAGACUUCCACGCGCGCGGGCAGACCAUCAUCUUCUACAACGUGAAGCCGUCCAUCGCGGAGGUGUUCAAGGGCGUGAAGCCGCGCGAGUUCGUGCACUGCUCGUGCCGCGUCGAGCUGGAGCGGUUGCUGCUCGAGGCGCAGCGGAAAGCCAAGCAGCAAGUGGCCUGAUGGAACAGCACGUCAGUCAUGUGCGAGAUGUCCGACGCAGGGAGUGCAACGCGUACAAAGUAGUCAAAACAAUUUUUAUAUCGGCAACACUAAAGUAUUUGUCAAUAUUUUUAUAUAAUUUUCCAAA